UCAAAGUCAGAAAAUUUUACUAUUCAUAACAAAUCCAUAGCAAAAUCAUAAGUUUAGUCAAAUUUUCAUUAAAAUAUUAAAAUUUAAUUGGAGUUUUAAUUCUCAAAUCUCACCUACUCCCAAAAUUUAUUUCAUCAUAAAACAUUUUAAUUUUAAUUUUAAUUCUUACCUCAAAAAACUCACCUAAAAAGUGAUUAUGAACCUUGAAGUAGACCAAAACAUAGCCCAAAUUAAAAGCUACCAGAUCUUCAAUUCUAGACAACAGAACUAGACUAAUCACUGUCAGAAAAACACACGACCAACAACAACCAUGGCAGAAGAAAAACAAUCAAUAGUGCUAUUCCCAUUCAUGGCACAAGGUCACAUAAUCCCUUUCUUAGCCUUAGCCCUUAACCUCGAACAAAAAUCCAAAAACUACAACAUCACCAUAAUCAACACUCCUCUCAACAUUCAAAAACUUCAACCCUCUCUUCCACCACAUUCCUCCAUCAAACUCCUCACCAUCCCUUUCAUCUCUUCCGACCAUAACCUCCCACCUAACAUAGAAAACACCGACACUGUCCCUUAUAACCUCGUCAUCAAACUGAUCCAAGCUUCUCUUUCCCUCAAAUCACCCUUCAAAAACAUCAUUAAAAACAUCCUCAACCAACAACAUAAAAUCUGCAUAAUUUCUGAUAUAUUCUUCGGUUGGACUUCAACCGUCGCUAAAGAACUCGGUGUUUUUCAUGUUAUUUUCAGUGGUUGCAGUGGCUAUGGUUUGGCUUGUUAUUAUUCUCUAUGGAUGAAUCUCCCUCACCGCUUCACAGACUCGGAUGAUUUUCCUUUAACUGAUUUUCCAGAAGCGCGUUUGAUUCAAAGAAAUCAAUUACCGAACAAUAUUUCACAAGCGGAUGGAUUCGACGAUUGGUCGGUUUUUCAACGGAAGAAUCUCUCUGACUGGGUCAACUCGGAUGGAAUUUUGUUCAACACGGUUUCAGAAUUCGACUCGGUUGGACUAAACUACUUCACCCGGAAACUCAAAAUUCCGGUGUGGCCGAUCGGACCGGUUGUUCUUUCCGGUUCACGAGGGAAAGGAAGUGAAAUAAGCCCUAGUUUUUACAAAGAAUGGCUCGAUUCGAAGCCAUUGAAUUCGGUUCUGUUCGUUUGUUUUGGAUCUAUGAACACGAUUUCGUCUGAACAAAUGAUGCAACUUGGAAUCGCGUUGGAGAAAAGUGGAAAAAAUUUCAUCUGGGUAGUGAGGCCACCGAUUGGAUUUGACAUAAACUCAGAAUUCAAGCCUCAAGAGUGGUUACCAUCAGGGUUCAUGGAGAAGAUUCUAGAAACAAAGAAGGGUAUAAUAGUAAAUAACUGGGCUCCUCAGGUUGAGAUUCUGUCACAUGGGUCAGUUUCUGCGUUUUUGAGUCAUUGUGGUUGGAACUCGGUGUUGGAAUCGUUGAGUCAUGGUGUACCGAUUCUUGGGUGGCCUAUGGCAGCUGAACAGUUUUUUAACUGUAAGUUGUUGGAAGAAGAGAUUGGUGUUUGUGUUGAGGUUGCUAGAGGGAAGAGCUGUGAGGUGAAGAAUGAAGAAAUUGUUGAUAAAAUUGAGUUGGUUAUGAGUGAGUGUAGUGAAAAAGGGUUGAAGAUUAGAGAGAAUGCUUGUAAGGUUAGGGAGACGAUAAUGAAUGCUUUGAGAGAUGAAAAUGGUGAUGGGUUUAAGGGUUCAUCUGUUAGGGGUAUUGAUGAGUUUUUAGCAGCUGCUGGGAAGAGCAAUAAGGGGAUAGUGAAUGAGUCAUUUGUGUUUGGAGAUUAGAAAUUUGAGUAAUAUGUGACUAUUGUUAGUUGAAUUUUAAUCUAUUUUCAUGAAAAUUGUGAUGUGUCCGUGUGUGCAGUGAAAUUAAAUGAUUGUUUUUUUAAUGUAGUUUUGUUCUGUUUAGUACUGUAAUGAUAUGCAAGGGUUUUACUAUUA